AUGGAUGUGAGGCAGACAACACUGAAAUCAACACAUCCUCGUCCAGCGCUUACCGAACAGUCAUCACAGGAUGAAAGGAAGAAGCCACAUCGAGAUGUGGAGCAAAAACGACUUCUGAUUAGGUUCCAAGACCAGGCUGGUCCAAGUGAAAGGCCGGGAGCACCGAGCACCCAGGAGCUCGAAAAAGGCAAGCAUUGGAGUUCAGUUCUAGUAAAAUUAUCAGCUUGUUUGUCAACUAUCUAG